UCUCUUUGGGGAGAAUUUGCGAGCAGUGAGUCCGGGCUUCGGGUCAGGAACAGGAGCCCGUUUCAGGCCCAGUUGUGUCCUGCGAGCAUGACAACACAGCAGACAUGUGGACGAGAGGCUGAAGCUCCGGGCUCCUAACUCUUCUCUGCACCGGUCACUUAGGUUACUGAAAGUGUCCUAUAUUGAACAGGUUUUGGCAAAUCAAAAUAAUCAAGUGAAGAAGUCUGAUACACUGAGAAUCAGAGGAGCAGCAGGUUCACUAGAAUUUAACGAGGAGAUGGAGGAGUUGAGACUGAUGAUGAGUGGUGAAUUAAAGAUUUGCAGCAAAAGAAGGAAAGAAUGAGAAAUCGAGGAAGCUCCUCCCCUCAGAAGGUUUGCCACUCCCAGACACAGACAGAUGUUUUGAAACCUUUGCUGGGCGGCAUUUCCAAUGCGGGCGGGACUCUGAGGAAGAGGAGGCGUGUUCUGUCGAAGGAUGGACGCAGCAACGUGCGUAUCGAGCACAUCAGUGGGCGGAAUGCUCUGUACAUGCGUGACCUCUGGACGACGUUCCUGGACAUGCAGUGGCGCUACAAGCUCUUCGUGUUCACGGCGACGUUUGCAGGGACCUGGUUCCUGUUCGGGGUGCUGUGGUACCUGGUGGCACUGGUGCAUGGAGACCUGCUGGAGUUCGACCCUCCGUCGAACCACACACCCUGCGUGAUGCAGAUGCAGACCCUGACGGGGGCCUUCCUCUUCUCCCUGGAAUCCCAGACAACCAUUGGGUAUGGAUUCCGCUGCAUCACUGAGGAAUGCCCGGCGGCUGUCAUCCUCCUCAUUGUCCAGCUGGUCAUCACCAUGCUGAUGGAGAUCUUCAUCACCGGAACCUUCCUGGCCAAGGUUGCUCGACCAAAAAAGCGAGGAGAGACAGUAAAGUUUAGCCAACAUGCUGUGGUGUCCACGCAUGAAGGUCGACCCUGCCUGAUGAUCCGAGUGGCCAACAUGCGCAAGAGCCUCCUGCUUGGGUGUCAGGUGAGUGGAAAACUGCUCCAGACGUCUCUGACCAAGGAGGGCGAGACGGUACGUCUGGACCAGAGGAACGUCCCCUUCCAAGUGGACACAUCCAGUGACAGCCCCUUCCUCAUCCUGCCCCUCACCUUCUACCACAUCAUCGAUGACAGCAGCCCCCUGCGAGCCUGGGCAGCCAAGGGUGGGGGCUGGACAGAUCCAGAACUGGCUGACUUUGAGCUGCUGGUGAUCAUGAGCGCCACGGUGGAGCCGACCUCUGCCACUUGCCAGGUUCGCACCUCCUACCUGCCCGACGAGAUCCUCUGGGGUUAUGAGUUCCCCCCCGUAGUCUCCCUUUCUCCAACAGGUAAAUACGUAGCUGACUUUGCCUUCUUCGACAAAGUAGCCAAGACUAAGACCACGCCCGUCUUCAAACCAUCCAGCCCCCAGCACGGGUACCAGAGCAACGGGGGCGACGGGACUGUGCCGGAGUUGUCCGAUCCAGAGAAGAUCCGUCUGGAGCAGAGCUACAGGGAGCGAGGGGAGGACCGAGGCCGGGUCAGAGACACUCCUCUCAGUGUUCGCAUCAGCAAUGUGUGAACCGACGGUCGACUGGAUGACAAGGGAGAGACUGCGAGAGACUGCCAAGUUCAGUAUCGACACCAAGUCACUGAAACAUCAUAUAAAGCAGCUCUGGACACUGGCUUCCCUCCUAUCAGAGACAGAUUUGGUUCUCAGUAACACCAGAACAUGCAGGAAGCCAGUAUGGACUGUCGACCACUGCAUGGUUUGUUAUACAUUUGCUGUUCUGACUGUAUUCAUAUGAAGGAGCAUAACCAACUACCUAACAGCCACUACUACAUAUACUGUCAACACUGUUAAAGAAGUACUAGGUUGGAUUAUUUAUUCAAACAACACCAAACAAAACAAGAAGGGCACAAAUCCUCCACUUAUGCUAAAGCCCUGUCUCACUAUGUUAAAGAAGGAGAAGAACUUGAGUCUGUUAAAGUGAGCAGGAAACACCCACACACACUAAAACUUCCUGCUGCACAUACACACACACACACACACACACACAC